AUGGUGAACGUCUUUGCCGUUCAGGUCUUCUUCAUCGUCUUUCGCGAGUGCCUCGAGGCGGUGAUCAUCGUCUCAGUGCUGCUCUCCUUCCUCAAACAGAGUUUGGGCCAACCGCACCAGGACCAAGCAAUAUACAAACGACUUGUCCGCCAGGUAUGGUUCGGCUCGUUCCUGGGCAUCUUCAUCUGCUUCGUUAUUGGUGGUGCUUUCAUCGGUGUCUUCUAUGGACUAGGUCACGACAUCUGGGCCAAUGCAGAGAAUUUGUGGGAGGGCAUUUUCUACCUAAUCGCAACCAUAAUCAUCACAAUUAUGGGCUUGACUUUGCUACGUAUCAACAAGGCCAAAGAACAAUGGCGCAUCAAGAUCGCCAAGGCACUGGUCGAGAAGCACAAGGACAAGAAAAAAUCUAAGCUGCUUGGCGAUUGGGCCCGCCGCUACGCUAUGUUCCUCCUGCCAUUCAUUACCACCCUGCGUGAGGGCGUUGAGGCUGUAGUCUUUGUUGGCGGCGUCUCUCUCGGUUACCCAGCCACUGCUUUCCCCCUGCCUGUCGUGACAGGCAUUCUCACUGGGUUGGCAUGCGGCUACCUCAUCUACCGUGGCGGUAACGUCAUGUCCAUUCAGCUCUUUCUUAUUGCGUCAACGUGUGUGUUGUACCUGAUUGCCGCCGGAAUGUUCUCCAAGUCCGUCUGGGACAUACAAUACUACCGCUUCCAGCUGGCUGUUGGCUCCGACGUUGCCGAAGAAGGCAGUGGGCCAGGUUCAUACGAUAUUAGCGAGACAGUCUGGCAUGUUAACUGUUGCAACGCUGAGACCGACAACGGCUGGGACGUAUUCAAUGCUAUCCUCGGUUGGGAAAACACGGGCACCUACGGGUCUAUCAUUGCGUACAAUGUAUACUGGCUUUUCAUUAUGCUGACUGUUGGCUACAUGAUGUGGGAGGAACGUUCGGGAAAGCAAACACUACGAGAGCGCAUUCUCACGGUGCUAGCCAAGGUGCCUGGGCUCAAGGGCUAUGCUAGGGCAAAGCUCGAUGUCACCCAACAGAACCCUGAGGAUAUUGUGCGCCAGGUACACAGCGGGAUUUUCAAUGAUCCUGCGGUGGAACAAUCGGUGGAAAUGAAGUAA